AUGUCACAGGAUCAUAGAAAAUUAGAUUCGGAAAUUAUUAGCCACAACAUUAGGGAACUUAUUAACAACAACAUUUCACUAAAAGUCAAAGUGAUACAAGCCCAUAUUGCGAAAAAAUACGGUUAUAGAAUAUCAUAUCGGAAAGCUUGGAUUGCAAAUAUUAAAGCCAUAAAAUCACUUUAUAGGAAUUGA